GUUAUAAUUACUAAUUAUUAGUGAUGUCAGAUCAGAUGUGAUUAGUGAUCUACUGUAAUUUUUACUUACUGCGUUGCACUGAGUGAAAAUAAAUGACACGAUGGCCAUCAUCACUUUAUCACUUUAGUCACUGCUGCAGCGGGGCACAGCUGAAGCGUGGGCGUCAUUUUGGGAACUCUAUCUGUUACUAUUCAUGACGCUGUGGUAGUUUGUUAAAAUCACAGACCUAGUUCCAUCCAACUAAAAUCCCCAGAAUUUGUGAAGUUGGCAAGAGAGAGGAUGCUUUAUCUCAACAAUCAACGUCAUAUGUCUUCCUAUUCCACUGAGAUGUUUAAUUUUGUUGCAGCAGUUUCCCUAAAACAAAUAUAAUUGUUGAUGAUGUUGAUAACUGUUGAUGAUUAUCAGAAUGUUCCAUGGAACUAAUAGCACUAAAAUUGUUUAGCCGCCAAAGAAUUUCCGAACGUGAAAAAACAAGAUUGAUAGGGAUUGUUGUUGUUGUUGUUGUUGUUGUAGAUAUUCAUAUUGCUCGUCCCGCUCAUUAUGCUUCCACCCACUCUUUGAACACUUGAACCCAGCCUCCGCCGGCAUUGACACUCACUGCGAUGGUACCAGCCUCAGCCAGCUGUGGAGGGAGGAUGGCCUGAGAAGUGAUAUCGACUGUAUUUUAGAGUGUGACAGAGUGUGUAGUGUGACCCUUCUGUUACAGACGUACUACUUUGUGUGCGCGUGUGUGUGUGUGUGUGUGUCCGCGUGUUUUGUCGCACCAUGGUCUUUGUUUAUUUAACAUCGCUGCCCUUUGUUCCUCCCUGAUCAUGGCAAGGACAAUGGAUAUUGUCCCUGCAGCAACAAAGAGAAGCUCUUUCUUCAGGCCCCUGGAGCCAGAGUUUCACCACCAUCUCUCACCCUCGCCUGGUGACGCCUGUAACCGCUGGACAAAGAGGGCAGGACCACAGCUCGUAGGGGCUGAGCUGUGAGGUGUUGGUACCAGCAGAGGAGCUUUAACAUGCCGAUGAAGUCAGCGCGGAGACUUAUUUUACUGUAGCAACAGCUUGUAGACGGCGCUGCACAUCUCUGGUUGGCACUGGGAUCGCUCUUGUUGUGGAGUACGGGAUCAGAAGCAGCAAAUGUUUCCGGUCAGGCAGCCUUGGCUUUGCAAAGCCUUAGGUUGUUAUGAUUGCUGUAUCCGGUGCAUUGGGGCGGUGCCCUACCCGUCCCUGGUGGCCACCCUGCUCUUCUAUGCCGGCGUGGCCUUAUUUUGCGGCUGUGGGCAUGAAGCGUUGUCCCAGACCGAAGUCCUUGUCGAGACUCACUUCGCCCGCAACGUUCAGGACUUUGUGGUCUUGGCCUCCUUUAUCAAGUACUUCCAGUUCGUGAUCUACGGCCUGGCGUCGUUUUUCUUCCUCUAUGGAAUCCUGCUGCUGGCCGAGGGUUUCUACACCACGAGUGCUGUCAAGCAGACGUUCGGUGAAUUCAGGAGCACCCACUGUGGCCGCUGCCUCAGCCUGACGUUUAUCAUAGUGACGUACAUCUUGGCUUUCAUCUGGCUGGCAGUGUUUGCCUUCACUGCCAUCCCGGUCUUCUUCUUGUUCAACAUGGAGCAGACCUGCCACAACAUAAACCUCCUGGCUGAAACAACACCCAGCAUUAAUCAGCACGGCUGGAUUUGCAUGGAUGCCAGGCAGUAUGGUCUGCUUCCUUGGAACGCAAUGCCAGGGAAGGCUUGUGGAAUGACCCUGGCCAAUAUUUGCAAAACCAGCGAAUUCCACGUCACCUACGACUUGUACAUAGCUGCAUUUGCUGGUGCCGGGAUCGCUCUUUUGGCACUGUUUGUGUAUUUGGCUGCCACCACCUACAAUUACGCGGUCUUGCGGUUCCUGGGGAGGAAAGGCGUCCGCUAAGGACAACGCAUCUGUCCCUGUCAACUCCAUCUCCUGGCUGUGAAGGGGAGACAGUCAACACGGGACCUCCCUCCAUCCUCUGGGAAACAGUACACUGCCAAUGUGGAUCACCUGCUAUAGUUUUUCUUUACACGAGUCCGAUAACAGACAAAUGUUUACCAUCACUGUUUUUUUAUGAACAACAGGCAGAGAGAUGAAGAUAAUUCACAUCCAGCGUCCUCCUCUUCGAAUCCUCCUCUCAGAUGAUUCUCUUUGCUUUGUUGUUCAUUCUCCUCUCACUUUCGUUUAUGCUUUGUUUUUUGCAAAGCCUCUUUGGUGCUGGUGCUGUUGUCAGAUUGGGUUGUGUGAUAAUUGCAUGUAUGAAUAAUUAAGAGCAAUGACAGCUCGCCUUGCAAAUCAUAACUACAUGCAAGCCAUUCAGUGUUUAGUGAUCCAUGUAUGGUUCUGAGUAGGAUUUUGUCUCUGCUGCCUCAUUAUUACCAUCUUGUGCAGCAACGUUGUGUGAACUAAAGCAAGGGAUGCUGAAUGUACCAAAUCUCCUUUCAUCUCCUUCCGUGCUUCCACUGACAACACAUGUACUUUGCUUUCACUCAAACAUUUUUGCUUAAUUUAAAUGCCACUGCGUAGGAGGGACACAAAGACAUGUAUCCAUUUUCUGGAUAUUUGGGUUACUGCUUAAAAUAAGCUGGUUUUAUGUUACUGAGGUGCCGACGCUUCAAUAACAGGUGGCUCAUAUUUGAUGUGUAGCCCUGCUACUUACCGGGCUGGUUGGUGUGUGUGUGUGUGCUCAUUUUUAAUUAAGGCGAAAUAAACCAUUUUAAUCUGAA